AAAAUUUAGACAAAAGAUUCGAUUUUUGACACCUAAGUUCUCGUUGUAAACAACCUGUCUGGGGUCCUAGUGGGCAAUUUCUUUGCAGCUUCAAACUUUUGGUCUUCUCUCUGUCUUCUUUUACAAGAUAGUCUUCUCAAAAUUUUAAUUUUAUAGGAAAAGGGGAAAGAACUUUUAAAUGGAGGGUAAUUUGGAUCUUAGUCUUAUCUGUUAGUAAAGAUUCAAUUUUUAUUUUUUCUGGGUGUUUCUUCUUUUGGGCAAAAUUUCAGAUUCUGACACUUUUUUGGGUUCAGAAUUUUGCAAAUUUAUGCUGUCAGGUUUGAAUCUUGAACUGGGUAUUGGAUUUUUCAAGAUAUUGAAUGAGUGUAGUACUGAGGAGUUGAAAUGGGUGAUAAUUUGCUGAAAAAAAUACAAGAAAUUGGUGAUGGGAAGGGAUGUAAUGAGGAAGUUAAGACAUUUGAAGAAGGUGAUAAGGUUUCUGAUACAAGUUUAGAAGUGUCUUAUAGAGAGAACGUGUCAAAGAAAAAGGAUCAUAUGCUUUGUGUGAAGCAGUCAUCUCUUAUUGAAGUUUCUGCCGAUUCUUCUUUAACAGAAGCGGAGGUAAUUAAAGGGGAUCCAGUAGCUACAAAGCUGUCACUGCUUCGUUCCACUGAAAGUUCUGCACCUGCUGAUGGCGUUGCUCCUGAUCUGAGCAAAUCUAGUCCAAGGUUAAAAAUUGCAAUGCUUGUUGUUGGCACAAGAGGAGAUGUUCAACCUUUUGUCUCUGUUGCCAAGAAACUUCAGGAAUUUGGUCAUCAUGUUCGGUUGGCAACACAUAUUAAUUUUAGUAACUUUGUCAAGUCGGCUGGUGUGGAGUUCUAUCCUUUGGGUGGUGAUCCACGGGUUCUAGCAGGAUAUAUGGCAAGAAAUAAAGGGUUGCCCUUAGCACCAGGAGAGCUAUCAAUUCAGAGAAAACAGCUGGAAGCUAUUAUUGAGACUAUCCUACCUGCUUGUACGGAACCAGACAUUAAGACUGGUGCACCAUUUAGAGCUCAAGCAAUCAUUGCAAAUCCUCCUGCUUAUGGACAAUUACAUGUUGCUGAAGCUCUUAAUGUACCCCUACACAUACUCUUCACAGUGCCAUGGACGCCAACUUAUGAAUUCCCGCACCCAAUAGCUCAUCUACCUCAAAGUCCUGGCAACCGGUUGUCAUAUAUAAUGGUUGAUCUGGUAAUUUGGUGGAUCAUAAGGGGCCAGAUAAAUGACAUCAGAAACAGAAUCUUGAAGCUCCCUCCCAUUCCAUACUUUAGUACGUACUAUGGAUCUAUUUAUCAUUUGCCAACAACAUACAUGUGGAGUCGUCAUGUCUUACCCAAACCAAAAGACUGGGGACCUGAAGUUGAUGUUGUUGGUUAUUGUUUUUUAAACCUUGGGUCGAAGUAUCAGCCUCAAAAAGAUUUGGUGGAUUGGAUAAAGAUAGGGCCAAGGCCAAUUUAUGUAGGCUUUGGAAGCAUGCUUCUUGAUGACUCGAGGAAAACUACAGAUAUCAUUCUUGAAGCACUGAAACAUACAGGACAGCGUGCAAUAAUUGAUCGUGGUUGGGGAGACCUUGGUGCUUCUUCUGAACUUCCAGAUAACGUCUUCCUUCUUGAGAAUUGCCCUCAUGACUGGCUUUUCCCUCAAUGUUCUGCUGUGGUUCAUCAUGGUGGUGGCGGAACUACAGCGGCUGGAUUGAGAGCUGGGUGUCCUACUACAAUAGUACCGUUUUUCGGAGAUCAGUUCUUCUGGGGUGAUAGAAUUUAUGAGAAAGGAUUAGGACCAGAGCCUAUUCCUAUUAAUCAGCUCACUGCAGAAGCGCUCUCUAAUGCUAUCAGAUUCAUGCUCCAACCAGAGGUCAAAUGUCGUGCAAUGGAGAUAGCGCAGUUGAUAGAAAAUGAAGAUGGUGCUGCAGCUGCUGUCGAUGCAUUUCAUCGGCAUUUACCUGAUGAGUUGCCGGUGCCACCGGCAUCAUCAGUGCAAAACGUUGGUCCAAAUCUUAUACAGUGGUUCUUUGUUCAAAUGGGAACAUUAUGUUGCCAAGUUUGUUCAUAGUAGACUGUAGGUUUCACAAGUGGGAUUGUACAGCUUUAGCAUUCCUAUCUUAUUUCAAAUUUGCAUUUUAUUUGUAGUCAAUCAUUCAUUUUAUUCAUUGUAUUAGGCAACAUAGGAAGGUCUUAUCUAAGAGGGUAAGAAAGAGGGCUGAUUUCAUUUGGGAAAUAGGUUGCAAGAUUAUUGGUUUGUAUAUUUACUUGUCCAUCUUUUGGUAAUGUUACAACAUCAUGCUGUAUUUUAAGAUUUAUGGUUAUAUAUUUUUACA